UAGCACUAUUUCAAACGAUAGCAACCAUUCGGUUGAAACUCGCAAAUAAUACUCAAAAGAUAUUUUCUUGUUUGUGUUUUUAAUUCUUUUCGACGUAAAGCGACGUAAAUUUUAGAUUUUCAAAAAUUUGCAUAAUCAAAAUUAUAUUAAGUUAGCUGUUCAAUAUACCGAUGCACCUUUUUCGGCCCAAAUCAAAGAUAAGUGAAGAGCAGACCAUGUCGUCUCAGGUCGGUGAAAAACGCGGAGCAGUCGGCAGUGGCAACGACAUGGAUCCCACCGAGAGCAACUUCGCCCUGGAGCUGAAGCCCACCCCCAAGCAGACCUGCAUUCCGGAGCACCAACGCCAGCGAUUGGUCAGCUCGGACACCAGUGUUUACCAGCGAGAUGGCGUUUUCGACAUGCCGGACAAGUCCUGGUCGGUAUUGUAUUUCAGCUCUGGGAAGGACAGGGCCUUGAAGUAGAGCCUUCGUAGCCGCAGACCAGACAGAUGACCUGUUCCCCAUCGCAACAUCCCCUAUUAGCACCAAUUUAAAUCGAAUGUCUGCAACCGCCUGGCCCACUGAUUGACUCCUUCGCCACCACAUUCAACCACCACCAGUCAUCCAUCAGAUGUCGCGAAAUGUUAUAUAAAAUUGAAAUUCGCCCGCGUGCCAGUGCA